AUGCUCCGCGGGCGUCGUCUGGGGAUCACACUGUUGAACACAGUCGGAAAUGCGUUCUGUAGGCUGCUGAACGAUAGGAUAGUGGGAGUAUUGGAGAAGGAACAUAGCAUUAGUGAGGACCAGGCAGGGAGAAUCAUCCAAGGUAGAGAGAGGGCGGGAAAGCCGACGUACUGCUUCUUCCUGGACGUAAAAAAGGCAUACGAUACAAGUAUGGAGAAACGGGCUGUGGAAACAACUGUCCACAUACGGUGUACGAAAAAAGCGGUCAUGCUAGACGGAGAACUGUCGAAAUUCGUCGACAUUGAGCAGGGGGUCACACAAGGUUGCGCGCUGUCCCCAACAUUGUUCCAGGUGUUCAUCAACGAUCUGUUGGAAGUCGUAGAGGCCGUCCGGAAGGGAGUAAAUGUAGGGGACACGGAAACUUCGGUUUCAAGAAUGCUGUUUGCGGAUGAUGUUGUCGGUAUGUCGGACACCCCUGAGGGACUGCAACUGCAAAUUGACGCGGCGAAGAAGUUUACUGAUAAGUGGAGAUUGUCUGCCAACGUUCAGGAGUGUGCCGUUAUGGUAUGCAACGAGAACAAGGAGGAACCAGUAGAACAUAGAUGGAAGUGGGGGAUCGAGGAGAUUGCAGUAGUGGACCAGUACACAUACCUUGGAGUAGAGAUCGCAAAAGACUGCUCGUGGAAUGCACACAUGUCCAAGGUAGCGGAAAAGGGCAAAGCACGAGCAGGGAAGCUGCACCCAAUACUCGCAAACCGGCACCUCGAUACACGCAUCAAAUUGAAGGUUUUGAAGAGCGUAAUCGUACCGCCGCUAAGGUACGCCGGAGAAGUAUGGGAAGGGAAUAAGAAGGUAGUGAAAGAACUCGAGGCGGCACAGAUGAAAGCAGCGAAAAUCAUCCUAGGAUACUCCAAGCGCACAAGUAAUGCCAGCCGUCAGGGCAGAAUUGGGGAUCCUAUCCCUACGGUUGGGGAGAGACGCGAGGAAGCUGACCUGACGGUAUCGCAUGAAGAUGACAAAGAGUGUACGAAAAGCGCGGUCAUGAUAGACGGAGAACUGUCCAAGUUCUUCGGCAGUGAGCAGGGGGUCCCACAAGGUUGCACGCUGUCCCCAACAUUGUUACAGGUGUUCAUCAACGAUCUGUUUGAAGCCGUAGAGGCAGUCCGGAAGAAACACAAGAGUACGCCCCCCCCCCCUCAAUCAACGCGGCGGCGCCGCCGGCCGACAUGGCGAAGGCCAAAAAGUCGAAGAUGGGCCAGCAGCCCCAGGCGAGAGGCACACUCAGUCAUGGUCAGCAUGACGGUCGCCCAGCAGAUGUCUCCGAUCAGGGACGCUGAUGAUGAUGUGGCCAUAAGGUGGACGCCGGCGUCGAAGGUCUUUUCCGCGAGCACUUUCCUUGGCUUCUUGACCUCUGGGUAGAGGUCAAGUCCCUUGCCCCCACCCGUUCGAUGAUAGCGACAUUGUGGGCUUCGCUGGCGGAUACCCAGUCUACACUCAGAAAAGGAAAGGGGUCAACGAAGGAAGCCUCGAACUUCACCUUGGACCGAUUUGCCAAAUGGCCGCAAAGAACUGAAGGCGUGGAUAGAUCAUGAGGAUAUCCAGAAGGUGGCACGGACGCGUGGUGGAAACAUCGAACGAACCAGACAUCAUCUGUGUGGCGUCAACCUGAUGGAUGAGGAGGUCUACGGCGUUUUGUGGCGAAGGUGAAGGAGGCGAAAAUGAUCAUGCUUCCUGGAGAAGAAAGCGAGGGCGCUGGCAAGUCUGGUGGAGAUGAAGGCGAGGGAGGUGGCGAGCCUGGCGGGAAUGGGUCAGACAUAGAAAAUGAUGAGUUUUUGAAUGAGUUUUUGAGUCGGCCUGUCUAUCUCUCUGGGGAAUCUACGUCGGAAGGGAUUGGCGAGCCUGGCGAAAGUGAGUCAGAAAUAGAAGAUGUUGAACCGGCCUGCCUUCCCUGGAGAAUCUACUUCGGAAGGGAUUGCGGAACAACCACUACCCAUGCGGGAGGGUAUGACAUCGGGACACGAAAUGAAAACUGAUGAGUUGGUUCCGGAGUGUACGUGAGCCACGUCGGGGACCCGUCUUACAGGCCCUCGUGUUUAGGGUAAGAAAAAACAUGUUUUGGGCGUGCUCGAUGAAGCUCGAAGGCUUAAGUGUUUGGAAGUAAGAGGCUGAAGUUUUAGGACGUUUUGUUUCCGUGGGUACCAAGCUGUCAGCGAUGGGCUAUGGUAAGAACGAAUGCUGACCUUUCUUCGCGUAAGGACAUACCGGGGGAAGGACGUACUUGGGG